UUCCAACGGCCAAAUAACUUCACCUCUAAACGAAAGAAAAAUAAAAAUAAAAACCUACAAUUAGAAGUCCAAGGCAUUAAGCCAUAGCUUAAAGUGGAAGAACAGAGAACAUCGGCUAAUAUAUUGAAAACAGUAAAUUUAAGCUGUUACCAUGGCCGAAGUUGAAGAAAAGGUGAUAAUGACACCUAAAUGUAAAACGGCCAAUUCCACAACAUUGGUAGUUGAAAGGAAAGCUGUAGAACCAGAAGCAAGUGACAAAAUACAUAUAGCUGGUGGUGAUCACACUGGUAUUAUUAUCAACAAGCAAGAAACUUAUGAAAAUGGCGUUUCCGAACCUUGUCAUGCACAAUUGGAAUUCUAUGUUUAUUUGGUAUCGGGAGCUACUGGAACCCACACACGUGAAGCACGUGCUCUAAGGUUCUGGUUUAAACCUCAGAUGACUCCAAACGAAAGGCCUUAUGAAGCCCAGGCCUUUUUCAGAGAACUUGUCAGUCCUCAAGAUUUUCCUAAAGAUUAUGUAGGAUACAUAAAAAAAAUAAUGAAAUUAAUGCAACACAAAUAUCAACAACUGAAAAUGCUUGAAGUAGAAUUAAGACAAGAAGGAUAUGCAUCACCACCACCAGAAAUCAAUGGAAUAUUAACGAGUAAGAGUGUAAUAUACAACUUUACCAAUGGCUCAUACAUCGAUGACAGUAUCAUAAAUCAAACACCACUAAUAUCAGAACAAAGAGUGCUGGAUAUGAUAGAAAACGCAUAUCCCAACCCCUUAUCUGUGGAUGAUUUUGUCUCUGCCGCCAAAUGGUCGAAAGCAGAUGUGAAGGAUGCAUUGGAAUCUUUAGAAGAAAAAGGCCUCACUCGGGCUAUGUCCGAAGGUGUUUAUGUUCGUCAACAUAGCGUAGAUACACAGGUAGUAAAACAGAUGCCAACGUUGAGUUCGUCACGUCAACCCAGUAUUGCAGUCAUAACAGCGUUGUAUUGUGAAAAACAAGCCGUUGACGCAAUGAUGGACAAUCAAGAAACCUACGUACGUUAUACCACUGUUGGUGAGUAAUUUGGUAUUUUCAUUUUUCCAAUAAAACCUGUCGGGAUAAUUCCUUUUUACAAACGCGAUUUAAUGAAUUGGUAUUCGCACAAGAAUAGUGAAGGUUUCCGUUGUCUAUAUCUGUAAUACAGAGAAAUCCGCAAAAUAAUCGAUUAAAGAAUUUCGCUACAAACAAUACGGUGGACAGCCAAAGAUCGUGGGGUUACACCACAGAUAACCCCCGGUUACACAAUGUUUCUCAUUUAGCGAGUUUUGUUUUUUUAUCGUGAUUUUGUUAAUUCAUCGCAAAAACCACUCGUGCAUGUGCGAUGAACAUGAUUUUGUGGAGUUGAAAAUAUGAAAAUUCUAACAUGUUGAUGGGUUUGACAAGGAAGAGUCUUAGUAGGGUGAAAUAUUUAUAAGUUUAUUGAUAAAAUAUAUAUUAAUAGUAUUAUAUCGUUAAGUAACAGAUGCAGUUCUAA